AUGGAAACUCGGGCAGCAGUCAUGGCCUGUGACGAAGGUGCCUGGGUCCCCAGCUCCAUUUGGAAUGUUGUAGGUAUACAACGGAUGGAGCUCUUGUUAAAGUUCUUAGAUAUUCUUGCCGAGAAUUACAGGCAGAGCGGACAGCUCGCCCCACAGCCUGGGCAGAGCCCGAAAGGCUGGGAAGGCCGAGGCGACGCGUGCCGGGCGAGCAGGUGGAUUCCAGGUGAAGUCAACGGGAACAGCGUGAGGGUGCGUCCUGCAGGCCACAGUGAGGAAUCGGGAGGUCAGCAGGAGCGUCACGGGACGCAACUGGAGAAUUCUAGGCAAGAGAGUGACGCGGUACCUUUGGUUUAUUUAUAUUCUGAGGGCCCGCCGGACCAUUGCCUUGUAGUUUGUGGAUUGAUUCGUUUCGCUUUGGCUGCCCUGGGCCUCCGUGGCCGGGCAGGCUUCCUCGAGGUGCGGCUCACGGCCGUCCCACGGCGGCGGCUCCCGUAG